CAUCUAUUGUUUAUGCUAUUCAGUGCAUGACCACAGGGCAGAACAGUGUGACUGUUGCUAUAUUCUGGAAAUCUGUGUGACAUAGUAACCCGAACCAGAGGCAAUAAUAGGCUGUAUGGCCAAUGCAGGUGAGGCUAAAACACACUUGAACGGUCCGGUAUGGAAGGUGAGCAGCAUGAAGGGCGAUCGUGGAGAUGAGCGCGAGAGAAGCAGGCAUAUGGAGGCGGAGGUUCGGCUCGGGAUGGGGAGUGAGGAUGAAAGACUCCAGACUUUCCAAAACUGGCCAAGAGAUGCGCCGGUGCGUCCCGCGGACCUAGCACGCGCUGGAUUUUUCUAUCUGCGUUACGGUGACACGGUGCAAUGUUUCUGCUGUAAUGGGAUACUUAGAUACUGGGUUCAGGGAGACACCCCAAUGAGUGAACAUAAGAAACAUUUUCCCACAUGCCGCUUUGUGAUGGGCAGAGACGUGGGCAAUGUUCCAGUGGGCACCUCUGACUCAGUGGAUGGACAGCUUUUGAGUCAACUGCAGAGGAUGACCAUGGAGGAGCAGGAGGUGUCCGGACAGGCGGCGUACCCGGAGAUGGAGUCAGAGGACAACAGACGGACCAGCUUCCACAACUGGCCCACAGGAGCAUCCGUGCAGCCCGAUACACUGGCACGAGCUGGAUUCUUCUAUACAGGUCAUGGUGACAAUGUGAAGUGUUUCUUUUGUGAUGGUGGUCUGAGGAACUGGGAACCAGGAGAUGACCCAUGGCAGGAACACGCAAAAUGGUUUCCACAAUGUGAAUAUUUACUCCAAAGCCGAGGACGAGAAUAUGUGAGCAACAUUCAACAAUCCCUUUUCAACCUGAGUGAGAGAGUGGGUGACUCCCCGCCUUUAACUGCAGGAAACAGUACAUCAGUGUCAGAGGGGUUGGGGGGUCAGAAUUCGGAGGCAGCAGUUAUGUUAUCUCCUGUAGUGCAGGCCGCGCUGCAGAUGGGUUUCCAGCGCUCACUGGUGGAGAGUCUGGUGCAGUCACGCUACCUGCUCACCGGCUCGCACUACACCUCAGUCACUGACCUGGUGACCGACGUCCUACAGGCCGAAGAGGAGGAAAGGCAGACGGCAGAGUCCUCCCGACCAGAGACUGUGGCUACCCAGAGCAACAGCAGUACAGGUGGAAGGACGCAGACUACAGUCAGGGAGACAGUUCGAUCUGACCUUAGUCCAGAGGAACAGUUGAGAAGGCUUCAGGAAGAGAGAACCUGUAAAGUCUGCAUGGACAAAUGCGUAUCAGUGGUCUUUAUUCCCUGUGGUCAUCUGGUCGUCUGCACCGACUGCGCAGCCAGUCUGAGGCACUGCCCCAUCUGUCGGGCAGUCGUCCGAGGGAGUGUUCGAGCAUUUAUGUCUUGAAGAUCACACAUGCAUGCAGCAACAUCAAGAAGAAUACUGCAUAUAUUUUGGGAUGUGUAGUGCUUAAAAUUGCUCAAUAGAUAUUAUUAGCUCCUAAACCGUCUGUUAAAAAAUGCAUUUUGGUAGUGUUUGAUAUUUGACGAAAUGUGAAGGUAUGCAGUAUGAAAUGCAUCAAUGAAGUGUUUAAUAAAAGUCAGACCAUAAGUCAUGCCAAGAAAACCAAUCAAAAACCUAUUUGAAUGUAUAAUGACAUUAACGAUUUGUAAGAGAGCAAAUUAGAGUUAUAUUUUGCUUUUAGUGUACUAUUAUUACA